AUAAAGAGUCCGCCAGCUUGUGGAAAGACAUGCAAUCAAGUGGGAGAGCAAAAUUCGCCGGGAAAAAAAAAUGGUGGUGACGACGACGGUAAAGUCAGAUUCCGGCGAGUCUCUGCCCUCGACCUUCGCUUCCAGAUACGUCCGCACGGUUCUUCCCAGAUUUAAGUUGCCAGAAAAUUCCAUCCCAAAAGAGGCUGCUUAUCAGAUUAUCAGCGACGAGCUUAUGUUAGAUGGAAAUCCAAGGCUGAAUUUGGCGUCGUUCGUGACAACAUGGAUGGAACCCGAAUGUGAUAAGCUCAUCAUGGCUUCUGUGAACAAGAAUUAUGUUGAUAUGGAUGAAUACCCGGUCACCACCGAGCUCCAGAACCGCUGUGUGAAUAUAAUAGCCAACCUCUUUAAUGCGCCAGUCGGCAACGAGGAAACAGCAGUAGGUGUUGGGACGGUGGGAUCCUCUGAAGCAAUCAUGUUGGCUGGAUUGGCUUUCAAGAGGAAAUGGCAGAACAAGAGAAAGGCUGAGGGGAAGCCCUACGACAAGCCCAACAUCGUCACUGGCGCCAAUGUCCAGGUUUGCUGGGAGAAGUUUGCUAGAUACUUCGAAGUGGAAUUGAAGGAAGUGAAACUGAGAGAGGGAUUUUACGUGAUGGAUCCUGUCAAAGCGGUGGAAAUGGUGGAUGAGAACACCAUCUGUGUGGCUGCGAUCUUGGGUUCGACUCUUACCGGAGAGUUCGAAGACGUUAAGCUUCUUAACCAACUCCUUACUGAAAAGAACAAGGAAACAGGGUGGGAUACGCCAAUCCAUGUUGACGCAGCCAGCGGUGGGUUUAUUGCGCCUUUCCUUUACCCGGAGCUGGAAUGGGAUUUCCGGUUGCCGUUGGUGAAGAGUAUCAAUGUGAGUGGACACAAAUAUGGCCUUGUUUACGCUGGUGUUGGCUGGGUUGUAUGGAGGAACAAAGAAGACUUGCCUGAAGAGCUCAUUUUCCACAUAAACUACCUAGGAUCUGAUCAACCCACCUUCACUCUCAAUUUCUCUAAAGGUUCCAGUCAGAUAAUUGCACAAUAUUAUCAAUUGAUACGUUUGGGCUUUGAGGGGUACAAAAACAUCAUGGAGAACUGCAUGGAGAAUGCAAAGGCCCUGAAAGAAGGUAUAGUGAAGACAGGCCGGUUUGAAAUCCUCUCCAAGGAUGUAGGUGUGCCCCUGGUAGCAUUCGCUCUCAAAGAUAGCAGCAAACACAGCGUGUUCGAGAUUGCGGAGAGCUUGAGGAGGUUUGGAUGGAUCAUCCCAGCCUAUACAAUGCCGCGGGAUGCUGAACACAUUGCAGUCCUCCGAGUGGUGAUCAGGGAGGACUUCAGCCGGAGCCUGGUGGAGCGACUUGUUUCGGACAUCGAGAAGGUCAUGACGGAUAUGGAUAACCUACCAUCGAGAUUGGUAGCCCACAUCACAUCUGAGGUGGACAACAGCAAUAUGGCUGGUCAGGGAGAUGGGGUUGUGAUCAAGAAGAGUGGGAGGGAGGAGGAGAUUUUGAGGCAUUGGAGGAGGGUUGUGGAUGGAAAGAAGGCUAGUAAGGUUUGUUAGGAUCUAGAGUGGGCCAUGAUCAUGUUUUCUGUGUUUGUUCAAAAUUUUGGAAGUAAAUGAUAUAAUAUGCUGUGUAUUUUUAUUUUAUUUUUUUUCUAACAUGCACCCUUAUUCGACCUUUGGUAUUAGAAAUUUGGAAUAACGAUCUUGUUUGUUGGAA